CUUCUCCCUCCUCAAAUAUAGUCCACACAUACACACUCUCUCUCUUUCAAUCACCCAUAUCUUAAUCAUUCAUCAAUCUUUUCUUCUAAAACCAAAUGCAAAAAAAACCCACAAAAUUAAGAAAAGAAAAAAAAAGAUUUUUUUUUUUUACUAGUAGCAUUUUGUUCCAACAACAACCAGUCCCUCCAAGAAACCAGAAGAUUCCCAUAAAUAUAGCGCUAAAGUUCCAAUACCCUCAUCAUCACCACCUUCCUAGCCACCCCUUUUUCUUUCUUAUCUCCAUUUCCACUAUCCUUCAUUACAAGCCAACAACAACCAAAAAAAGAGUCUUUUUUCAAACCCUAACCCUAAGCAUUUUCCAAGAAAAUCCAAAAGAGAAUUUGGUGAUUUAAUUUCCUUUGAAAAAACAAGAAAUACCCAAAGUGGGUAUUGCUCAAAUCAUCAAGAUUUGGCAAGUUUUAAUGUCCCAAAUGAAGCACAUUGACAAUAUCCCAUCAACCCCAGGAAAAUUCAAGAUGGAAAAAUCACCUUACAAUAGGCUAAGGAUGCAUUUUUCCUUAGCCAAGCUCACAUUUUGGUCAUUUGUUUUCUUGGGUUUGAUCUUUGUAUUCUUUUACAGAUCACCAGUUUCAUCAUCAUCCCCUGUUUCUUCAGAUCUUUCAAGAAGAUCUCUUAGAACAAGCUCUUAUGGUGGUCCAGCUUGGGAAAAAAGGAUUAAAUCUUCAGCUAAAGUAAGGUCACGUAAUGGUAUUUCUGUAUUGGUUACUGGUGCUGCUGGUUUUGUAGGUACUCAUGUUUCAGUUGCUCUUAAACGUCGUGGUGAUGGUGUAUUGGGUUUAGAUAAUUUCAAUGAUUAUUAUGAUCCUUCGCUUAAAAGAGCGCGUCAAGCGCUCUUAGAGCGAACGGGUGUGUAUGUUGUUGAGGGUGAUAUCAAUGAUGGCACCCUCUUAAAGAAACUUUUUGAUAUUGUUCCAUUUACUCAUGUAAUGCAUUUAGCUGCACAGGCUGGUGUACGUUAUGCUAUGGAAAAUCCUGGUUCUUAUGUGCAUAGUAAUAUUGCUGGUCUUGUUAAUGUUCUUGAAAUUUGCAAAAGUGUUAAUCCUCAACCUGCUAUUGUAUGGGCAUCAUCUAGUUCUGUUUAUGGAUUGAAUACUAAGGUACCCUUUUCUGAGAGGGAUAGGACAGAUCAGCCUGCUAGUCUUUAUGCUGCAACUAAAAAAGCAGGUGAAGAAAUUGCUCAUACAUAUAAUCAUAUAUAUGGGCUUUCAUUAACUGGAUUGAGAUUUUUCACCGUUUAUGGACCGUGGGGUAGGCCAGAUAUGGCUUACUUCUUUUUCACUAGGGAUAUCUUGAAGGGAAAGUCGAUUUCUAUAUUCGAGGCUGCUAAUCAUGGCACGGUAGCUAGGGAUUUUACCUACAUCGAUGAUAUAGUGAAGGGUUGUUUGGCAGCAUUGGAUACUGCUGAGAAGAGUACUGGAAGUGGUGGGAAGAAGAAAGGCCCUGCUCAACUACGGGUGUUUAAUUUAGGCAACACGUCCCCUGUGCCAGUUUCUAAUCUUGUCAGCAUUUUGGAGAGGUUGCUAAAGGUGAAGGCGAAGAGAUUGGUGAUGAAGUUGCCAAGGAAUGGGGAUGUGCAGUUUACCCACGCGAAUAUAAGUUCGGCCAAGAAGGAGCUUGGAUAUAAGCCUACUACAGAUCUACAGACGGGAUUGAAGAAAUUUGUUCGAUGGUACAUCAAUUACUAUGGUAAUGGAAAGAAGAGUGCCCGGUGAUACAUUCUUUCGAUUGUGCGGUAGGACCAUUCAAUUCUUGUUCAUUUUGAUUCUAUGAUUGUUUUUAACACAUCUGCGGUCGUUGCCUCCACUUUCUUGCUUUCUAAAUCUUGAUUGAUGAUGCCAUAUAUGGAGCACAUCAGAUCCCCCUGAUGAUAUGAUGAAGUUUUGUGGUGGAUGCACAUUGUUUGCCUGGGCAAUUUGAUCUGUAUCAAAUGGAACCUGAAACCAACUUUUAUUACUUUUGGAAUGUAAUUGUUGUAGUUUUAUCAAUUUAGAAUUCAUGACUGAUAGACCACUGCCGAUUGAUGGACAGCGGAUGUAUCAUCUUCAUUAAGUUUCUAAUAAGAGUAGCACACGAUAGUUCCACAUUUGGUUUUCUUCCUUAGAUUUAUUUGGUUAGGACAUUUCUGAGAUCAUCCUUUUACAUGAAUGCUGAGGUUGUAUAUUUCUUAUUUUGGCGGUUAAAUAAGAUUCCGUACUUUGUCAUUCUGUA